AUGUCAUCUCAUGACAGCAAGAGCCGUAUAUCUCCUGGCAAUCCUCCGAUAAACAACCUCGCUCAGCAGCUUAGCAAAUUAAGAAGAGAAAAUUCAAGCUCGGCCCCUAACAGGACUUCGACGUCUGCAAUACUUACAUCAAGACAGAAACAAAAAACUCAAACUCAAGGGUAAGAAAAACAAUUUGUCACCAAGAUCUCCUCUCUGUCGAAUUUGACUGAUGAAAAAUUUUUUUUGCAGCAAAUUAUUCAAUUUCAUCUCAAAAAAGAGCCAAAAGGAAAAGGUAGAGGUACCGCAUAAUUAGUGAAUGUUGCAUACUAAUGCCGACUUUUGCAUGUAUCAACAUACAUGUGAUUGUUGAAAUAAAUAUCAAAUCACGAGAAAACUCUUCUACAGUUUUCUCGUGAAUUUGAAAUUUGUUUUAGUUAUGCUGUUAUCUCGAAUUUAUGGAAGCACUUUACAUGUACCUGUAAUUGCAAUAUAUAAUCUUAACGAAGUUCAUUUUAGUGAUCAAACCACUAAUUUUUAAUGUUAAUUAAGUGACAGCAAGUUUUCAAUUAUAAGACCUUGAUGUCCAAAACAUUUUCAAUGAUUCUGUUGCAGAAAUGUGUGUUGCUUAAGGCCGGGACAUACAAAAUCUAAUUAUGUCUUGACCAGAGCAGAAAACCUUGUUGCUUUAAUUGUAUUUUUUUUUUAAAAAUUCCACCAUUUUACUCAGUGUUGCUUUAAUGUUCUGUGUAAGUGUUUAAAAAUUAUUGAAAUGCGCAGACAUUUUUCAACUCUGUCUUUACUAUCCAAGAAUCAUUUGUUAAGAAUCAAUAGGAAUUCAGAAAUCAGAAAAUAAAUAUGGCAUGUGGUUAAUUAAGCUUCAUAAUGCACAUUGCUCACAUAGAUAAAUUAAAAUUAACUCAUUUUUUAUCUCGAAGGCUAAUGCAUCUUUUCCAAGUGGAUCAAGGAUAACAGGAAUUCAUAGCAGGUACUACUGUAGGUAUUUUGACAUACCUCAGGUGCUCUAAGUUUCUGUGCCCUUUCUCCUUCCCCUUUCCUUGAAUAAAAAAUCUAACUUUGUUAUUCACUUUCAAGGCUGUCCAUAAAUUACAAAGUAGAGGGUAAAUAAGAAAUGUUGGGUGGUCAGGUCAUUGUGGAUAUAAUCAUUUGUCAUCAGAUUAUAGGCAACAUUGGGAACCAAACAAUCAAAAUUUACAACCUAAGCCUUGAAGUUCACACAAACCUUUGACCAGAAUUCUGAGAGUGGAAUUUAUUCACAUAUCUGAGCCUUCUGCUGAUAAAUUAUACAUUCUUAUGGACUCAAAAGUGGAAAAAUUUAAUUAAUGGCAUUUGAUUGGUUUUACAAUCUUUCUUCAGUAAUUGUGAUAAAAUAAGAUAAAUCUAGCUGUCUAAAUAUAGCACAUUGCCAGGGGUAGGGGGCUUUGGCUGGCUACAUGCUACAUAACAGUUGGUUAACAGUCACUCUCUCAAUACAUUUUCAAUAAUGCUCCCCAUCUUUGAUAGGUCUACCUGCCUGAAGGUCCCGGGAGCUCUGUAGAGGGUUCACAGUGUAAGAUGAUAAUGAAAUUAACACCAAAGUCACAAAUGGAAGCUAGGUGGCUGAGGGGCCUGGCAGCUGCAACCACAGCUGCACCCCAAGGUGCUAGAAUGCCUGACUGGCCUCCCUAACCCACAACCCAGCCAUGACCUCCAUAAGUUAAGCCCCUACAAGCACCCAUCACACUAGAGCUAAAUGGCUUAGUGAAAAUAAAAUGAAAUAUUAUUGAAUUAAUAAGUAAAAAUAAAUAAAAGAAGUAUAAACCUUCUGAAUAAGGAGGUUUAUAUCUAUUUAAACUACAGUUGGGAAUGGUAGGUAGGUUACACAGAGAACCACUACCUUAUGACUAAUGCAAAUACUACUCAACACAACCAACACUGUAUGAAAGGGAGGUUAAGAUGCUAAAAGAAUGCCAGCAAAACACUUCAGACCAGAUUUGCCUCUAGUCCUUUGCUAUGUUUAAUGCAAAUUAACUAUAUUUUCAAUUUGGUUAGCCUGUGUUAGUUGGAUGGUUGUGCACUACCUCCCUUUUCUAAAGACCAAUGGAAACAAAUUGCACCAUCAUAUUUUAUAUAUUCAUGAUUUCUGAUUUUCAUCAAACUUGAGCUAAAGGUUGACUUUAGCUUUAGUAUUUGUUCUGAUGCAUCAAACAUGUCACAAUUACAUGCAGUACUUCUUUAAUUACUUGUAGUAUAUAUCUGCUAAAAUAAACACAGUCAGUUACUUGUAUUAUUUUUAGAGACUACUACUUAGCAAAGUAACAUGAUAAACACAGUAACCAUGAAGCACUUUUUGUAUUUUAUACAUUUUUUGUUUCUCUAAUUAACUGAAUAGGGAGUCUCUUGGAGAAAAUGGCACUGAAGGACUAGGAUCACGCCAGAUUGCUCGUGUAACACCAUUUUUAUCCACAAGGUAAACUCUCAGCCCUCACAAUAGCUUCAGAUUAGUCUUACCUACCAAAUUAUAAGAGUUUGUGUAGUACUAUUUCUGAACCCAUUUUAGCAAGUUAUUCAUUUCUAGGUUUACUGUAUAAGAGAAGGAUGGUUCUUCUCUAAUAUAGUAAACCUAGAAAUAGAUAACUGGCUAAAAUGGGUUCUUUUCAACAUAGUAAGAGGUCAGACAACAGGUGAUGCAUUGUGGAAGUAGGGUGAGGUAUUUUUAUUGAGAAUUUGACUGUAUUAUUUUAUUCCUAAGAGCUGUCAUAAAUAUUCCCAUACAAACUUUAAUUUCACCGUGACUCUUAUUUUGCAAGAUGAUCAUCUCACAGCUGGAGCCUGAGCAAGUCAGCUAAUAUGUCAUUACUAACAAAUGGUGUCAGUACAUUGAUGUUAAUGAAUUAUGUUAUUUUUAUUAUUAAUUAAAAUGACAAUGAAUGUACUCAAAACUAAUUUAGAAUAAGUUUAUAUUAGACAUUCCAACUUUGGAUGUGAACAGCUGUUUACAAUGUACUUUACUCUUGUAUGUCUUUCACACUUCUUCCUUAAGAUGUCUUGGUGACUUACUCUCUCUCUCACCAUUAAGGUUUUUUGGAACCUGUUAUCCAAAACAUCAUCUGUAAAUAAUCUUUACCAAAAAAUCAUCUUUACCUGUUAAUUGUGUCUUAAAACAAGUGGGAGUGGCACAUCAACUUCAAGAUCAGCUGGAGAGGCAGGGAGGUCUGUACCACCUUUUAAAAAGGAACUGGUUUUCAAAAGACCAAAGCACUAUGAUGCUAAAGAUAAAGAUGAUGAAAAUGACUUUCAAGUCACAGCAGGUAUACUUUUGUUGCUGUGUAUUGUAUUUGUAUAUUGUUUUAUGAUAUAUACUUUUUUCCAUGCUAGAAUUGUUUCUAUACUAUUGCCAUGUAUCCUCACUCUAUCCUUCUAUAGCAUCAGUUUUACCACAUCUGAAUUCAUAUAGAUGAAGUUUUCAAUGCUCAAUAAAGCUAAUAGACUAUUCAAUUCAAUAGUUUAUUUAACCACUUAACAUGUAUGGCAUAACAGCAGGAGCCAUUUGCCACUGGUCUCUUAAAAGCCAAUUCUUAGAAAAUGUUGUAUUCUUAAUUACCACACUGACUAUUAUGAAUAAGUUUCCAUACAAAAUUUUGAUGCAAAUGAUAUCAACAAAAUUAAAUUUCUUUUUGUAUCCAUUUCACUUUUCCAUACAGAAUUUCCUGUUACAAAGAAGUGCAAACUGGAUAAUAAUUUUGUGUCCAAGGUAAGGUAAACUAACUUGCAGUCUAUGAAUAGUUGAAUCCCAGUACCUCAAACUCUCAGUAUCUCAGACCUUAUGCCAAGUAAGAGAAACUAAAAUUGGUUUCCCCUUAAUUAAUCCAGUAAUAUAACUCUCAGUCACUCAAACCCUGAGUGACUUGCAGAUCCUGCUAACUUGAAGUGAUUUGUUUCUUUCAGCUCAUUUUUAAUGUGAUGUGAAUAAUCAUGAUUCUCAAUGACUCAAACCCCUUAGUUUGUUAAUGUAAAAUAUAUCUUUUCAAAUCUGUUUUUCUUUUUCUGACUCUUUGAUUGCAAUAAACUUGUUUAGUGUCAUACUUUGAAAAGUCAUUAAACAUGUUGAAACACCUUGAAGUUCCCUUAUUCCAAAAUUUUAGAUAAUUCAACCUGAUAACUUGAGCCUCUAACCUGUGAAGCCUCACUUACAUGUGUCUAAAUAUUUCUGUUUUGAUCCAGAGUAUGGGUAAGUCAGCAAUGAAUAAAGAUAAGCUCAAGUGACUGCAACUAACUCAGUGUUUUUAGUAGUUAUUUAUCACAUCUAUUAGUUAAUCAAUUCUUUUUGUUGUUUUUUUGACCAGAAUGGUAAAAAUCAUGUAGAAAAGAAGAGCAAUCAUGACCAUGAAAAGAAACACUGUAGUAGGAAGAACAGUACCAACAGCAGUACUGGGCCAGUCAUAGAUCUAACAAGUACUGAAGAACAGAGUGAAAGUGUUGAUGAACAAUAUAGGUGGAAAAAUAGAGAAGAUGCAGAUAUUGGUGACUGCAGUGAUGUGGCAGAUUUACUCUUCAGCACAGACUUUCAGCCAAAGUCUUACAAUGCUUCAGAUAUUUCCCUUAAGGUACUUUUAUUAUUUAUUUAUUUUUUCUUUUUUUGAAACAGAGAAAAUGAUGAAAUAUUUAUUCUCUUUCAGAAUUCUGUAGAGGAGCCAAGUCAUUUGCCCUCAGAUGGAAAACCUUUCACACAAUCUAUAGGCCCUAUGAAUGGAUUUACACCUUUACAGAGUGUCUCCCCAGGACACUGUCCACCACCUCAGAAUGGUCUCUCAGUAACAAACACUCUCUCAGCGCCAGAGGAUGUUCUUCCAAUGAACAGUCCACCUCUUCCACAGUACUUCUCACAAAUGGGCAGUCCACCACCCCCAGAGUAUUUCUCAACAAUGGACAGUCCACCUUCACAAGAAAACCUCCACCCAAUGGACAGUCCACCACCCCCAGAGUAUUUCCUACCAAUGGAUAGUCCCCAUCUCUCAGAGGAUGGUCCUUCAGUAAACAGUCCACCACCUACAGAGUAUUUCCCUGAAAUGCAAAGUCUACCUCCCCAAGAGGACUUCCCUCUAAUGGACAGUCCAACAGCCACAGAGUUCUUCCCACCAAGGGAUAGUCCCCAACUCCCAGAGGAUGGUUCUUCAGUAAACAGUCCACCACCUAAAGAGUAUCUCCCUGAAAUGCAAAGUCAGCCUCCCCAAGAGGAUUUUCCUUUAAUGGACAGUCCACCACCCCCAGAGGUCUUCCCACCAAAGGGUAGUCCCCCACCCUCAGAGGAUGUUCUCCCUGUAUGCAUUUCUCCUUCUCAAGAGGUCUGCCAAGCAGUAAACAGUCCACCAACCCCAGAGUAUUUUUCACCCCCACAAUUACCUAACAUACCAUCAACAGCAGAGACUAAACUUGAGAAUGGGAUGCCUUGUGGGGAUAAGGAAAAUCAUUCUUAUGGGUAAAUAAAGAUAACUACACAAUAAUUAUUAUGCUAGUGAUAUGCUAAUUUACUUUAUUAAUGUCAUUCACAGAGUGAAAUUCAUAAAGGGAAUAAAUUAAUAUAGAACAAUGAUACAGUUGUAGUCAAACAUUACAAAACUUUUAAGUAUUGGAAAUAUGAAAGUAUUGCUUAAGGGUUUUGAGCAGCAGCAAAUUUUGAAAUUUGCUAAAGAGUUGCAUUUUCCUGCUCUUUGGAGCAGGACUAAGAUACUUCAAUUGUCCAAAAGUUAUAUAUGUUAUUCACCAGCCAAGGUUGGUCUGUAUCGGGAAAAACUGUGCCCGAGGUCUUGGUACACAAGACAGAGGGCACAGUUUUUCCCAAUACGGACUGACCUUGGCUGGUGAAUAACAUUUUUAUUUUUUUUGCGAAAAGAACCUGAAGGAUAAAGGGCUGUAAUUAGGGUAAGAUUCUCCAUAAACGGAACAAUUUGUGAGCGAGUAGACAGUAGAGAAAACAGGGGCAAUGCAAAUGAAAGAGAGAAGUUUCAUCAAAACAUAUUUAUUUGUGUAAUGAUAUUAAAAAGUGAUUUAAAAGGCUUCCAAGAAAACUUUGAAACAUUUUUUCGGAUACCACCUGCUGUGAGCAGGCCAGAUGGGAGGAAUACUGCCCACUCUCAGAACCAAUCAGAUUGCAGGAUUUGUAGAAUACCGCCUGCUCACGAACUGAGAAAAAAUAAAUUGCCAUACUGCUCAGCAAACUUGGCUUACUCUGAAAAAGACAUCUUGUUCCUGGAUUUGAUUUCAGUUGAAAACCUUCAGUACCAUGAUCAGGUAAUUUUGAUUUGCAUUCUCUAAGUCUUAUCUUUGUGUGUGUGUGUUUUUUUUUCCUGAUAUAGCAUUUUAAGUAAAUCACUUACAGCAGUAGCAGUCAUUUGAUUCAAGACUGCCAGAACAGUUCUUUAUGUCCUAUAUUCUUGCUAACAAAAUCUCUUGGUACUCUUUCUUCUCUUCCAGAAGCAAUAAAAUUUCUCAUGUACUGCAGCAAUCAGUUUCUCAACAAGUAAGUUAUUACAAACACUUUAAAACUCGCAACUUUACUUUAACAGGUUCAUUGGUAACUAGUUUAUAAGAUGACAGUUGAAAUCCUUAUUUUGUCUUCCCUUAAUCACUGGGAAAUGAACCUGUAGUCAAACUUCUGUUAAGUAGAUAUAGACACAAAAUUGAGGGUUACUGCCGAAUAUAUGUUGUUACUAAACAAUAAGGGGGAUUGGCAACUGUUCUGCCUCCUGCUAGAGAGAGAUGCGUUAUUAGGGCAUGCUUAGUGAGAAACUAACUUGAAAAUACUGUGAGUGAAAUGCAUCCAUCUUCAUUGCCUUGGAAACAAAAGACCAUAAAACAUUCACCUAAUUUCAUGAUUGGCUAGAAAGGGCACCUGUAUUUGGUAUGGAAGUAUCAUAUCCUUGAUAGAUGUUGACAAUACAUGUUGUUAGAAGUCUGUUAAAACAAUGUGAGUUAUUAAACCACAUUUGCAUUUAUAUAUUUUUUAUAAAUGUUUGUUAUCCUGGAUUGCUUUCAGACACCAUUGAUAAAGGUCCAACUUCACUUGGAAGAAGUGCAUGGCAUGCAUUAUCAGACACUAGAAAAUAUAUGCUCCCUGUUAGAUAAAGCUGAUCCAGCCAUCGUCAGCAGCUUACCCAAAAGUAUUAAAGAGGCUCAGAACUUAAGGUUGCUCAUCUACUUAACAGUUAAAUUAUCAAUUUACCUAUAGACAGCUAUCUGGGCAAGUUCUUUCUUAAAGAUACAGCAAGAAGCAAGAGGAAUUUUAGACUGAAGGGCCAUUUUCUUGAUUGGUUCAUACAUGGUGUAAAGUUCAUCAAUGUGCAGCUGUUACAGCUGAUACAUUGUCCUAAUGUCUGUUCAGAAGAAAGAUAUAGUUGGAUCUUAAAGAUGUCCACUUGGUUUAAUCCAGUUUCAGGUUUAAGGACUUGAAGGCAUGACUUCAAGAUAACUAAUGACCUGACUACUACAUCAUGUUGCUAUGCUCUCCCAAUUUCACACUAUGCAUACUUGCAUUUUAAAAGGGAGAAAUACUUAGCAUAGUUGUAGAUGGCUUGGUUAUUACCUUUGAACUGACCUUUUUUAGUCUUGUUCAAUUUAGGUAAAAAGUGUACUUUUUCUCACAGGAAAAGGCUAAGAUCAAAAAUUUUACAGCUUGAGAACAUUUUGCAACAGGGAGGAGGAAGCAAAGACUGCACCUUCAAGAUUUGUAAGUACAAAAGAUAAACAGUUUGCUAUUGAUUCUACAACUCUUAUUAAGGUUUUUUUGGAAAAAACCUGCUCUGCAUCAAGUUUUUGUACUCCAGUUUUGUCACCGCAGACACUGACAAGGAAGGAAGGUGAAAUAUUUAAAUUGCUGACUAAAGAUUUGUAGACUGAUAUGAUGGAACCUAGAGAUGAAUGUAUUUCCUGUUUGUAUGAUUCAUAAUGAAUUGGUCUUGAUUUGAUUUACUAUUUCUCUUACAUGCAGGUUUAAGGCAAUCACCACACAGUAAUAGUACUACCUUGUCUGAUACAUCCAUUAUACCAUGUAAAGAAAGUUUCUAUGAGGGAAGCAGGAGUAUUUCUUGUUCAUUGAGCUCAAGGUUGAAUAAAGAGAAGAACAUUCCAACAACCUUUAAAAAGUCAAGCAAACUAUCUUGUGAAAAUGAUUCUCUACCAGAGAGCAGAAAUGAUUACUCUGUGAAAACUCAAACUUCAGUCUCUAUGAGUUCUGCAAGUGUAAUAGAUGAUAUGAAAAAAGAUUCCUUACUGUUAACAGAACUGUUGGAUAACAGUGAUGAUGAAUGGGCAAAUACUGGUAUUCGUGAUGAUUAAAUUAUCUGAUGUUAUGAGUUUUUUCUACUACAUUUUGUCUCUCCAUUGAGGGACAAAUCCUUUGAAUUCCAUUG